AUGUUGAUCGUCAUUUUCGCGUUGACGCUCUCCGCUAAACAAUACGUCGGUCAGCCAAUCCAAUGCUGGAUUCCCGCCCAAUUCACUGGAGCAUGGGAACAAUAUUCGGAGAAUUACUGCUUCGUUCAGAAUACAUACUUCUUGCCCCUCAAUCACUAUAUUCCUCAUGAUGUCGAGGAGAGAGAAAAUAGAGAGAUUGGCUACUAUCAGUGGGUUCCAUUCAUUCUCGGCCUACAAGCUAUCCUUUUCUACCUCCCAUCGAUGUUUUGGCGUAUUCUGAAUUGGCAAUCCGGAAUCUCGGUGAAGAGCCUCAUCAAAAUGUCGAAAGACACCGGGAAUAUGGUGACAGAACGGAGACAUCAGAGUGUAAAGGUUGUCGCGGCCCACAUCUACGACUCACUGGAGACGCAGAAGAAGCUCGCAGGGCUCAGCCACAUGACCCGUUUCGUGCACGAGGGCAAAUAUCUGACGUCGUUGUAUCUGAUGACAAAGGUCUUAUACGUACUACAGGCUGUCGUCCAAUUCUUCAUCCUUAAUAGCUUCCUCUCCACCUCCUAUUGGUUCUGGGGUUUCGGCAUCCUUCGAGAUCUGGCGUACGGUAGAGAAUGGGAGGAGAGCGGACAUUUCCCCAGGGUGACAAUGUGCGAUUUUGUGGUUCGCGAGCUCGGAAAUAAGCACAGGCAUACGGUGCAAUGUGUGUUGAUGAUCAACAUGUUCAACGAGAAGGUGUACCUGUUCCUGUGCAAUGAGAAGGGACAAUUCCUCGCCAAGUAUCUCUCCGUACUCGGCCUCUAUAAUUCCGAUAAUAAGGAUCACCGAGACGCGUUGAAGCGAUUUGUUCGUAAGGGGCUGCGGGAUGAUGGACUGUUGGUGGUUCGGCUGAUCGCUGCUAAUGCUGGCGAUCUGAUUACGACAGAUCUGGUAUCGGCAUUGUGGAGGAGAUUCUUGGAGGAUGAGCUAAAAGAAGCAAAAGCAAACAACGGCAGCGGCGGUCCCGCCACGGCCCCCCUCGAAGAAGGAGACGAAUUCUCGGAGAAGACCCCGCUACAG